CUGAUUUUUUGAUCUCCCCUUCACAACCACCCACUCUUCUUCCUUCCCAAACUCGAUGGACUUCGCCGCCGACUACCAUGCCCCUUUUUCUUCUUCUUCUUCCUUUUCUUCUUCUUCCUCUUUUUCAUCGUUGUCUUCUUGGUCGGCCGACACGAAUCCAGACGGCACCGACACCCCGCGAGGGGCCACGUCGGCAGUCCAUCGGGCCCUGCAGCUAAUUCAAUCGGACGACCCUGAUUCCAAGCUUCAAGCCGCCAAGGAUAUCCGUCGCCUCACCAAAACCUCGCAGAGGUGUCGGCGGAUGCUGGCCAACGCCAUCAAGCCGCUCGUUUCGAUGCUCCAACCUGACUCGCCCGGGUCGCAUCACGAGUCUGCUCUCCUCGCGCACCUCAAUCUCGCCGUUAAAGACGAAAAGAAUAAGAUCAGCAUUGUGGAAGCAGGUGCCUUAGAACCAGUUAUUAGCUUCCUUCAGAUGGAGAGCUUAAACCUGCAAGAGUAUGCGACGGCAUCUUUGCUGACUUUGUCAGCUUCUGCUAGCAACAAGCCAAUUAUAGGUACUUCUGGAGCCAUCCCUCUUCUUGUGGAUAUUGUUAGAUGUGGGAGUACUCAAGCCAAGGCUGAUGCAAUACUGGCUCUUUCAAAUCUCUCAACACACCCAAAUAAUCUUAACAUCAUUCUUGAGACAAACCCAAUCCCUUCUAUAAUUGAUUUAUUGAAAACAUGUAAAAAAUCUUGAAAAACAGCUGAAAAAUGCUGUUCCCUGAUAGAAUCUUUAGUGGGCUUUGCUGAGGGAAGAAUUGCAUUGACAUCUGAAGAAGGUGGAGUGCUUGCAGUAGUUGAAGUGCUCGAGAAUGGCUCUCUCCAAAGUAGGGAGCAUGCAGUUGGGGCACUUCUGACAAUGUGCCAGAGUGACCGAUGUAAAUACAGAGAACCAAUUCUAAGAGAAGGGGUAAUUCCCGGACUGCUUGAGCUAACAGUUCAAGGAACACCCAAGUCCCAGUCAAAAGCACAAACUCUCUUGCGGUUAUUGAGGGAAACUCCAUAUCCAAGAUCUGAGCUCCAACCUGACACCCUUGAGAAUAUAGUCUGCAACAUAAUCUCUCAGAUUGAUGGAGAUGAUCAAUCCAAUAAAGCAAAGAAGAUGCUGGCCGAGAUGGUACAGGUUAGCAUGGAACAAAGCUUGAGACAUUUACAGCAAAGAGCUCUGGUAUGCACUCCAUCUGAUUUGCCUGUUACUAGUUGUGCUUCUGAAGUUUCUUCGAAAUGAUCGUUUCCUUCUACACUCUGGCUGCCCUUUCACAAAUAUUUUCCUUUUUUUUUUUUUGGGUGCAUGUGACGUAAACCUUGCUGUUGUACAAAAAAUAUGCAAUAAUCUAUAGUGAAGAAUGCCAGUCCAGGCCGUUGUGGUGGGUUCGUGUGACUGGUAGAGUGUCAAUAAACUGGAAAUGAAAAGCAUAAUUUUGU